GACGUUCCUUCGUCACAUGGGUAUAGCGGAAAGGCCUUACGCCCACUGCACGCUACGUUCGCAUACAUGUAGGCAGCGACAAAGCGCAGACGCCUCACAAAGAACCAUCCGUUACAAGGGAGAGCAGAGCGCGACAGACGUAGUGGUGACACUGAGAGUACGAGAGGAGGAACGUCGGACGUCUGCACAGUGUCACCUGACGACGACAUCAAGCGACGAUCAGGUCGUCGGUCGUGCCGACGCACGCACACACGCUCACGCACGCACACAGCCGGGAGUAGCGUGCCAGUGAACUCGCGUCGCGGGAAGGCAGCACGGGGAUCGGUGCGUGCGCUCUCUCGCUCGCUCGCUCUCCGCUCAGCAGCGCUCGCUCGCAGGCAGGCAGGGUCACGGAUAGCGCACGACGCGCGAACAAAGAAGGGGCGUGUAGCGGGCACAGCGCACACACGCUCUCUCUCUCGCAGACGCACUCGCUCGUUCCCGCGCUUCUGCCAUCCGUAUACCUACUACCACUCGCCGCUCGACUCCCGCGCGUGAGAGGACGGCACGUGAAGAGAUGGCACACUUCUAUCACGACUACGAGACGAAUCUAGCCGCCGAAUGUCUCCUGGCGAUCUCGAAUGGCGGAGGUUUGCCGCCCGACUACAGACUGAUGGCGACGAAGGAGGCGGUCGGCGCCGACAAGAGCCCGUACGACGCAGCCGCCCACAACAGCUCUCUGUACAUGGUCGCUCGCAUACUGGCGGAUCUCAGCAAGAUUAAGCAGGAACCCGUGCCACACGUGCACGAGGAGAUCCACGUCUCUCCGAUCGACCUCUCGAUGCGCUCCCGCCAGAGGAGCGACGACGAUGACGAUGACGAUGACGCCGCUGACGAUGGCGCGCUGCAGCCGUGGCGCGAUAUUAGGGUGGAGGUGAAGUCUUCCCGGGCGCCGCCGAAGAAGCGGAGCCGAAAGCGUCUGCCCGCGACCGACGACGACGCGAAGAAAGCGCACCGGUGUUGCUACGACGGAUGCGACAAGGCUUACGGCAAGAGUUCGCACCUGAAGGCACAUCAGCGAACGCAUACAGGCGAGCGGCCGUUCCUCUGCACGUGGGAGCAAUGCGUGAAGAGAUUCGCUCGCUCGGACGAGCUAGCGCGCCACUACCGCACGCACACGGGCGAAAAGCGAUUCGCCUGCCCUCUAUGCGAGAAGCGCUUCAUGCGCAGCGACCACCUGAUGAAACACGCGCGCCGACAUCCGCAAUUUCGGCCCGACAUGAUCGUGUCGGCCCGUCGCGUCGGACGGCCGAUCCGGAAAGCCGGAUCUGUCAGCGACUACCACGGCUCGUCGGACUCGAAUUCUCUGCCGUCGCCGCUGUCGCACGAGUUGCUGUAGAUAGCGGCGUAAGCGAGGCGGCAGCGGCAGCGGGGGUAGCCCGCCAACACGUGCAGUUCUGGCCAAAUGUUUGCUGUUCUGUGGAGGAGAUAUUGAAUGAAUGAGAGAGAGAGAGAGAGAACCAGAGAGAGGCAGAGAGAAGAAGAUGAGGGCA